AUGACAACUCACUCAUCAGGAGGCAUUAGAGUUUUUUCCCGUGACUUUACGUCGGAGAAAUUUCAGCUAAAUGCAUCAGGAUUGAUUUGCUCAGCAAAAUUAGCGGCAAACCAAAUUGUUGCCGGAGGAAAAGAAUUAGCCUUGCGAGUGUGGGAUAUAAACAACCACAGUUCGCCAAUUUUCAUUGCUAAAAACGUCCGCUCCUCUGUACUGGAACUUUCUGUCCCCAUAUGGAUUGCUGAUAUUAGCGUUGUACCUAAGUCUAAUGGAAAGCUCAUAUUAACUGCCUCGAGAUAUGGCGAGCUGGACAUAUACGACCUUCGAUGUGGCCAACGUCGACCUGUUGCUCGUCAUGCAUGGCGUACAAGUCGCAAACAUGGAAAACUCCAUGUUGGUUCCGGAAAGCACAGUGCAGUGCUUCCGGAUUUGACCACUACUAGACCAAUCACAAAAGCAGUAGCUUACGAUAACUCUCCAGGCAUAGGAUUACGUGUUGUUGCUGGGAACGCAGUUGGUGAAUUAUCUGUUUUGGAUUUAAGACUCCCUCCAGAAUAUUCUAAUUUGAAUUCCUCCGAUAGCCCUGGUGUUAUACCAGUUAGAAGCUACGGAUCUCGAGCACCUGACCCACCUUCUGGUGUUCGAUGUCUUGCUGGAGCUUCAGGUUGUAUAACGCAUUUAAUAUGUGGUGGAACUGAUGAAGAAAAUACAUUUCCGUUCAUGGAAGCAGCUAUAAAUAGUGAACCAAUCAUUCUAGCAUCUUCGCUAGAUCGGUAUUUGCGACUUUAUAAUCGCGAUACUGGAAAGCGUCUUGGAAAGAUAUAUGUUAAAGUCCCUGUAACAUCAUUUCUUGUCCGUAGAAAUGCAAGCUUUGCGAAUAUUGAGAACUUUUUAAAGAAAGACAAUGAUAUUAGUGUUUCAAACGAAGAAGAAAAAGUUGAAAGUUCUUACGGCAUAUCUAAGACAGAACAAAAAGAAUUUGAAGACUUGUGGAAUCAAAUACCAGUUGUCGACAACAAUAAUGACGGUGUUAAUGAAGGCGGUAAAAGGACCACUGGGCUUAAAAUUGGUAAACGGAGGCGCAAAAAGUAG